AAAAGCCUCCUAUGCAUCGGAAUGGUAUAAGGAGAAUGUGCAUGGAGGACCUUGGUACGAUGUGGAGUGGCUGAAGUUGUUCAAUAGAUUAUCGGCUGUAAAACACUCAAGUGUAAACUUCCAUGCGGUAAAUCCGAGUGUAAACAGCUCCAUUAGUCAUGGGGAAGGGUCCGAGUCUGUGACUGAUGGAAACGGAGAAGAGGAAAAGAGAUGAAACCACUUCGGGUCAACAUGUUAACGCUCAACAACAUGUAGUUCUGUCGUCCUUCCGUGGACAAUGUAGUAAGUGUUUACGCUCGUAUGUAGUGUGAUAUUAAGUCCGAUAUGUCUAAUGUGACGACGAGUAAAAGCGUGGAAUGGCUGCAACUCCAGUUAGAGUCCGGGGGCACUUCUCUGCUCCUGCUGGACUGCCGUUCACAUGAGCUCUAUGAAUCAUCCCACAUAGAGACCGCCAUAAACCUGGCCAUACCGGGACUGAUGCUCCGCAGGUUCAAGAAGGGCAACAUACCCAUCCGGACUAUCAUCUCCAACAACGAGGAUAAAGAGAAGUUCAUCCGUCGGUGUAAAACAGACACGGUGGUCCUGUAUGAUGAGUGUACGGCGGACUGGCAGGACAGCGGACCCCCGUCUGUUUUGGGUCUGCUCCUCCAGAAACUAUGGGAAGACGGUUGUAAAGCUUAUUACCUGGAAGGUGGAUUUGUAAAGUUUCAUACAGAUUACCCAGAUCACUGUGAGACCCUCUUGGACAGCUCCUGUCCCAGCUCCUCUCCUCCACUGUCAGUACUGGGUUUUGGGAAUCUUCGGAUCAGCUCGGACUGCUCAGAUGGAGAGUCAGAUCGAGAACCGAACAGUGCCACGGAGUCUGAGGAGAGCCCCAUACCCAGCAAUCAGCCCGCCUUCCCCGUAAAGAUCCUACCUUACCUUUACCUCGGCUGUGCCAAAGACUCCACUAACCUAGAUGUGCUGGGCCAGUACAACAUCAAGUACAUCCUGAACGUCACGCCCAACCUCCCCAACAUGUUUGAGCAUGAUGGCCACUUCAGGUACAAACAGAUCCCCAUUUCAGACCACUGGAGCGAAAAUCUGUCCCAAUUCUUCCCAGAGGCAAUAUCAUUUAUAGAUGAGGCCCGGUCGAAGCGGUGUGGUAUCCUGGUCCACUGUUUGGCCGGCAUCAGUCGCUCAGUCACAGUCACCGUGGCCUACCUUAUGCAGAGACUCAACCUCUCUCUAAAUGAUGCUUAUGACUUUGUCAAGAGGAAGAAGUCCAACAUUUCUCCGAACUUUAACUUCAUGGGUCAGCUCCUCGACUUUGAAAGGACACUGGGGUUGCACAGUCCCUGCGACAACCAUUCCACCAGCAAGGAGCAGCUAUUCUUCACCACACCGACCAACCACAAUGUCUUCCAGCUGGACACGCUGGAGUCGACAUGAAGAUCAAUUUGACAGCUUUGCAUUGUUUCCUGUGGUGUCUUUGGGGCAUCCGGAGCCUGUCAAAUGCCUAACUAGCUGACAGUGGCAGUAAGUCAGCUACAGUAUUUCUGCACCAAAAGGAACUACACUGAUCUGAUCAUGUAAUGGUGCCUGUAUGCAGUGAAGAUGCUUCAUCAGUCUCAAAUGCCUUAAUGCCUAACACACUCUCCACCAUACACAGCGUGAAUGAACACCCAUGUACAGGACAUUUCAGAACUUUUCUAUUAAACCACGGACGUUUGACUGUUAUUUGUUAUUCACCAGCUGUCAAGUCGAUGUUUAUGUAUUGUUUUUCUACCAGUUAUGAUUAUAUGCCUUGGUUGUCUCUGGCUAAUCCGAAUGUUUUCUGGGGACCAAUCAGAGAUAUUUUGAUGGUACUCUAGCUGAGGGAAUUAAGCUACUACAGUGAUCCGGCCAUUAACUGUUGUCCAUUUUUGUCUUCUGAGGACUGUUUGCAGCUUAUGUACAAAUGAAAGAGGUCACCACACAAAGCAUUACUACUUUUACUUGUACACAGUACACUUUGUAAUGUGGGUAAACUCCUUUGUGUUAAGCACUUAUUAUUUAAAUAUAGGAUCAAAUCACCACCUCCUGCAUUAUGUUUAAAGUGAAACCUAAUUUUCAGUCAAGCUUCUUUACAUUCUGUUGUUUAUAUCUGCAUUAUUAGUAUGUCAUUACAUUCUGUCCAGGACCUCAUUUUCCCUGUUAACCUUUGGGUCACAUUGCUUACUGCUACUGGGGCCUUGAACCUACCUUAACACGAAACCGAACAAUGAGUUAAUUUCCAGGUUUGGUGCAGUGUAUAGGAUAGGCUUUGGCCACGAGUAAAAGAAACAAAUACAUGUAAGUAAUAAGUGUAUAAAGAAACGGA